AUGAGCGAAGAUCCGAGAUCUGAAGAACUCGAAACCCUCAAGGCUAUAUUUGACGAAACGAUAGAGAUCCGCGACGCGGAAUUUUGUGGCCGGUUUCGGAUCCAUUUCCCUCUUCCUCAUGAGAUCGAGGUAAGACUACUAGAUGUAGAAGGGCUGGUAUUGCGUGUGGGCUCGAUUUCUCACCUACCGCCUUUGGUACUUGCAUUUCGUCUUCCUGAAAACUAUCCUAGCGACUCACCGCCGCUGUUGGUACUUGAGUCGCCGAUCUUGCAAGACCUCCAACGUUCACAACUCAUCUCUGAGCUCAAUGAGAAAUGGGAAGAAGUAAGGGACUUCGUCAUGUACACCGUCGUUGAUGUGCUACAGGAGAAGGCUGCUGCAUUAGCACCUCUGCAAUUUUUCGGGCAUCUGGUGGACACAUUCACCGACCCAAUGCUAUUCGAUACAAUCAUAGAUUCCGACGCCCUACGUAAAAGAGAACUAUUUGAAAUGAACACGUUCACUUGUGAUAUUUGCCAAGCUGAGCUCAAGGGGGACCGCUGUACUGAAUUCGACCAAUGUGGCCACGUCUUCUGUCAGCAGUGUGUCUACGAAUUCUUCAGCUCGCUCAUCUUGAGGGGUGAGGUUGAGAAAAUCCAUUGUCCGAACUUCGAGUGCACCAAGAAGAUCUUCGAGGAGAGGGAAAAGACCUUGGCAGUGCAGAACAUAUACCUGGACAAACAUGAUUUCAACCAUUUCCGCGCCCAGUUGAUGGCAUAUCCAAUUAAGCUUGGAGUUCUACAGCAGAUCUUGAAUAAAGAGAAAGAUGGAAAUCAGCUAUUUGAGAGGUACUUGCAGCUCUAUGUGGACCGUCAACAUGCCCUUAUUGCUAAGCUCUUUCCUCAACGACUUGUCUCGUGCCCAAGAAAAGGGUGCACGUCAAUGAUAUUCCGAGAAAAUACUGCUCAACGUCUCGUUAUUUGCAAAAAGUGUGACUAUGCCUUCUGUAAUCUCUGUUGUAAAUCUUACCACAACGAGUAUAUAGACUGCUACAGGGCCAAAGCCAGUAAACAGUACAUGGGCAUUCCAGUCGAGGCUCUUGAAAAGUGGCUUGAUUGUGAAGACUACAACCAGCGUACAGAGCUUCGGUUCAGAUACGGCCUGGACCUCCUCAAGAGGAUGUCAGACGAAUACCUCAUGGAUAAACUAUUCAAUGAGUUGAUCCUGAGCAAAGACGAAGACUUUGUCAAGUGCCCUGUAUGUGCGGUGGUAACUCAAAGAAUGGAGGGUUGCAACAAAAUGCGGUGUGUCUCAUGUUUUGCUCUCUUCUGCAAUAUUUGUGGCUUGGCGCUAGACUGGAAUGAUCCCUACGAACACUACAGAGAAAAGUCCAGUCCUUGUUACGGCAAGCUAUUCGACGGGAUGCCCGGAAUGGAGGAUAUGGAAUUUCAGGUGUGA